AAGGGAAUGCGGAAUAGGUCGUUUUCGAAUUCAGUAUCGUAUAGCGAAAACGACUCGCUUUCGUCAAGUCGCAACGAAUUGGAAUCCGCCAGCAGUUCCCAAGUCAAUUAAUUGACACGUCACACGUGUCACGAAGGCAACUUGUUUAUUUUGACACAUGUCCAAUCAUCAACAAUCGAUCAACUCACAUAAUUUUUAUUGAAUGUCAACUUUAUUUAUCCAUGGUAUGCAGUUCCCCUGAGCAAGGUUUGUCACCCAACAACAUAAAAAAAAGUUCGAACAAAUUUUGCUGCAACAAGACCAGUAAACCAUUAUCUAUAAAUUGGUAGUGAUUAUGUCGGCAAUUGUGAAAAUUGAACCAAAACAUGAAGACGAAGUUAAUGCAUUUGUUGCUAAUACGCUUUUCCUUACCAAUGAUGUUUUCCCAACCAUAAAGCAUGAACUCGAAGAGACCAGAAGCACGGAUUAUUUUAACGAAACUUUUGAUCUAAAGCAGGUAGAUAUCUCCCAGUUACGCAAACUUUCUGAAGAUUCUCUUUAUACUAAGCGACAAGAAGUUUCAAAAGAUUUUAAUUGUGUUCGAUGUGAUUAUGCAACGAACAAUAAAUCCAGUCUUGCAGUACAUCUUGUAACGCACAUGACUUCUAAGGAAUUAAAAUGUGCCCACUGUGAUUUUGCAACCAAUUAUAAAUCCAGUCUUACAGCACAUCUUUUGACUCACACGACUUCGAAGGAUUUAAAAUGUGCCCACUGUGAUUAUGCAACCAAUAUUAAACGCAAUUUGAAGCAACAUCUGUUAAAGCACAAAACCCGGAAGGAUUUCAAAUGUACCCGCUGCAAUUAUGCAAGCAAUUUUAGAUCACGUUUUAAGAUUCACCUCUUAACACACAAGACUGGUAAAGAUUUUAAAUGUAGCUUGUGCGGUUACUCAACGUAUAUUAAAGGCAAUUUCAAAAGACAUUUGCUAACACACAAGACUUGCAAAGAUUUAAAAUGUGUUCAUUGCCAUUACUCAACGCAUUCAAAAUCCUAUCUUAAAAAACAUUUGGUAACGCACAAAAAGUGUAAAGACCUAAGGUGCUCUCAAUGUGAUUAUACAACAAAUCUAAAAUGCAGUUUGACUAAACAUGUGCUAACCCACAAGAUCUCCAAAGAUCUAAAAUGUUCACAUUGUCAAUACGCAACCAAUCGAGCAUCACACUUAAAAGCGCAUUCAAAAGUACAUCUGUUAAUACCCAAGAUCUUUAAAGAUAUAAAAUGUGCUCAGUGUGAUUAUGCGACCACAAACAAAUACAAUUUAAAGAAACAUUUGUUAACCCACAAGAUUUUCAAGGAUAUAGUAAGUACCCCAAUACCAAAUAAAUACAUUUUAAAAACACAUCUGUUAACCUACAAGACACCUGAAGACUUUAAAUGUACUUUGUGUGAUUACUCAACCAAUGCUAAAGGCAAUUUGAAGACACACAUGAUAACGCACAAACCUUCUAAGGAUUUAAAGUGUACCGAGUGCGAUUAUGCAACCAAUUUUAGUUCCUCUUUCAAGAACCAUGUCUUAACACACAAGACUUCUAAAGAUUUAAAAUGUGCGCACUGUGAUUACGCAACGAACAUAAAAUCCUACUUAAUGUCACAUCUGUUAACACACAAGACUUCCAAGGAUUUAAAAUGUAAUCGGUGCAAAUAUGGUACCAAUUUUGCUCGUGCUUUUAAAAUACAUAUGUUAACACAUCUAAAAAUUUAAAAUGUGCGCAUUGUCAUUAGGAAAACUUAAACAUACUACCUGUUAAAAAAUGUGCCCCACAAAUAAAGGUAAUUUGAAGAAACACCAGGGCAAGGAUUUUAAAAGUAUUCAAUGCGAAUAUACUACCAAUUUUAAAUCCAAAUUUAAAAUACACUAUUUUAGUGUGAUUCUGGAACUAAGAAUAAAUUCUGCCUGCAGAAACAUUUUGUUGUGAUGUUUUCUAUAAAACAACAGUUCAACUAAGACUAACAAAAAUAAUGUGAUAACAAGUAGGUAAUGUGAAUUAAUACUAAAAUUGUGAAUUUUUGUCUGAAUUUUUUUUGCGAACGAUUCCCAAAUCCUAUAAGCUCUUCUGUUUCUUUUUUUAGAUCGUUUGUUAGUGUGAGAAAGUUUUUUUGCUAAACCCGGUUUACUUUUUUAAAUUGUUUAUUAAAUUUUUAAAAAAAUAUGAAUUUACAUACGCAUUUAUAAUACCUAUAGAACUGGGAGUAAUGGUGUGGCAAGCAGUUCAUGUUUAUAGUGGUACAAACGAUUAAAUAUAAUUAAAUUUAAUGUAUUUUGUUAAUUGUAGAAUAUAUAGUUUGUAUACUAAAUGAAUAUUAUAUGUAUUGUUAGUAAAAUACCAUAUAUAUACUUCUCUUAUAUAUAUGUAAAAUACUUGAGUUUU